AUGCAGCUGCCAAAGAGGCUGCGCCGUUGGCCCGAUGUUAGUGCAGCUUUCCUCUCGCUCCUGCGAUUGAAAGGUCUUUGCAUGUUCAAGGAGGAUCUCGUUUACUUCAUCGGGGUGAAGAGGUGCUCCAUUUUUCUGCUCUCGAAGUUGGCUGACCUCCUUUUCAACUUGGUCCCGCAGAUUCUGAGCCGAGGAGGUCCCUUGUCCGACGUGUUGGGCCAGUAUUUGCUUUUGUUUGGAGGGGACUGCUGGCUGCAAGUUGGUCGAGAGUGG